UCUAGCACAUACAAGGCAGCUUCCCUGCUCACAAGCAGCAAGAUCAAAACUCAGCUGCAAUGGCGUUCACACGCCGGAAACCGUCGUUGCUCCUGGCCGCGCUUCUCUCCGUGGCGAUCAGCUUCCUCGCCAGUCCGGCCUCCGCCCAGGGGAAGACCGGGCAGGUGACCGUGUUCUGGGGCCGGCACAAGGACGAGGGCUCCCUCCGCGAGGCCUGCGACUCCGGCAGGUACACCAUGGUCAUCAUGUCCUUCCUCGACGUCUACGGCAGCGGCAGCUACCACCUAGACCUCUCCGGCCACUCGCUCGCCGGCAUGGGCAACGCCAUCAAGCGCUGCCAGUUCCUCGGCGUGCCCGUCUCCAUCUCCAUCGGCGGCUUCGGCAGCGCCUACUCGCUCCCGACCAACCAGUCGGCCCUCGACCUCUUCGACCACCUCUGGAAUACCUACUUCGGCGGCAACCUUAACGACACCCAUCGCCCCUUCGGCGACGCUUGGCUCGACGGCGUCGACAUGUUCCUCGAGCACGGGACACCGGCGGAGCACUACAACACGCUGGCCCUGGAGCUCGCCAAGCACAACAUCCGCGCCGGGCCAGGGAAGCUGCUGCACCUGACGGCGACGCCGCACUGCAAAUUCCCGGACACCCGCGUCAAGGAGGCGCUCGACACGCGCAUCUUCGAGCGCAUCCACGUCCGCUUCUACGACGACCCGGACUGCAUCGGGUACAGCCAGAAGGAGUGGAACAAGUGGACGGCGGCGUACCCGUUCACCAAGAUCUACGUCGGCCUGCCGGCGUCGCCGCAGGCGGCCAAGAGCGGCUACACAGACCCCAACACCCUCCGCAACGUCGUGCUCCCGGUGGCGCAGAAGGCGUCCAACUACGGCGGCGUCAUGCUCUGGGACAGGUACUACGACAAGCGCAGCAACUACAGCGGUAACAUCAAGAACUGGGCUUGAGACUUGGCGUCACUCUAAAUUUGUUGUAUGCUCUGCAUGCAUUUAUCUUGAAUAAAUAAAGGUGCAAGAAUAAAAUGAGAUCUGCGACAGUUUUCUA